AUGGCGACGAACAACGCCGCCGCGCCCGCAGACGAGCCCGGCCAGCCUCCAGCGCUCACCACAGCAGCCCUCGCCCAACAAGCACCCGGCGCCGUCGUCGAACAGAAGAUCACACCCUUCGAGGUCUCCGGUGGAACAGAUGCAUCCGGCAAACUCCUUCCCGUUGACUACGAGAAACUCACCAGAGACUUCGGCGCAACAAGGAUAACACCGGAACUGCUCGAACGCUUCGAGCGUGUCACCGGCCGGAAACCCCAUCGUUUCAUGCGCCGGGGGAUCGUCCUCUCGCACCGCGAACUCGAUGUAAUCCUCGACCGCUACGAAAAGGGCGAGCCCUUCUUCCUGUAUACCGGCCGUGGCCCUUCCAGCGACAGCAUGCAUAAGUACAUGCACUCCGAGAAGAUCACCAUCGAAGACUCGCGCCGUUACGCGCGCGAGAACGCCAAAGACAUCAUUGCCAUCGGCUUCGACCCAGCCAAAACCUUCAUCUUCACCGACACCGAGUACCUCUCAUCAUCCCGCGCCUUCUACGAGAACGUCAUCUCUAUGGCGAAACGCAUCACCAUCAACCAAAUCAAGGGCACCUUCGGCUUCAACGACGAGAACAAUAUCGGCGAAUUCUUUUUCUGUGCCAUCCAAUCCGCUCCGGCAUUCGCCACCUCCUUCCCACACAUCUUCGGCGACAACCACAACAAAGUCCGCAACAUCCCCUGCCUGAUCCCGUGUGCUAUAGAUCAGGACCCGUACUUCCGGCAGACGCGCGACAAAGCCCAGAAACUCAAAUACCGAAAACCUUCCCUCCUGCACAGCGUCUUCCUUCCCGCCUUGCAAGGCCCCGGCUCAAAAAUGUCCGCCAGUGUGGAUUCUAGCGCCAUCUUCCUGACCGACACGCCCAACCAGAUCAAGUCGAAAAUCAACAAGCAUGCAUUCUCCGGCGGGCAGGACACCCUGGAGAAACACCGCGAAUUGGGAGGCCGCGCUAAAGACGACGUCCCGUUCCAGUACUUGACGUUCUUCAUGGAGGACGACGAUGAGCUCGAACGGCUUCGCGCGGGCUACGAGGCGGGUGAGAUCUUGACGGGAGAGAUGAAGCAGACUUGCAUAAAAUACCUCCAGCAAUACGUCGCGGAGUUCCAGGAGCGGAGAAAGAGAACCACCGAGGAAGUUCGGCAAGAAUUCAUGACGCCCAGGAAACUGGAGUAUAAGGGAAAUCCGAAUCCGAUCAAGGCCGUGGAUGGGCUGGACAGCACGAAGGCGGAAAGUCUCAAGAAGAAGGACAGCAAAGACAAGGAGAACUCGCACAAGUCACAACAACAACAGCAACAAUCGCCUCAAGCCCCAGCGCAAUCAGCCUCGACGGCAGCGCCGACAGAAUCGCAAUCCCCUCUCACGCCCAAUGUGGACAGCGCGACACAUGUCGGCAACUCGAGCAAAUCCCCCGACAGCCACGCCAAGAAAAUGUCCCUCGGCGGCAAAACCAAGAUCUCGGUCUCUGAAGAAACGGAGGAUGGAACGGACGCCAACGGCUCCCCGACGUCGCGACUUAAGCGGUUGAGCGUCAGCCAGGCCUGA